AUGAAAUUAGCCCUGAUCUGCAUAGCUGUGAGCAUUAUGCUCAUACAGUUUGCAGAGGUUAAAGCUGACAUCAAUUGGGACGAUCUCGCAGAUGGCCCCGUCGAGGAAAUAAUACCCGGAGAUGGGGGGGAUUACAUAUGGACUCCCGACCCAACGCAGUCUUGUGAUUGUGGAGAUUAUACAACGACUCGAAAGCCCAGGACUACAACAAAAAAACCUCGUAGAACAACAAAAAGAAGAACUACUAGACGGACCACGAGAAGAACUACAAGACGAACAACGAACACUCCAGCGACCACGGAAUCAACAGAUGCGCCUACUACCAGCACCGAUGCAGUCACCUGCACGUGUCCUCCAGUAACGGGCAGUUGUCCCGAUCAGUCUACUGAAAGCAGUACAGAAAUUUCUACCGACACAACUCCCGUGUGCACUGAUACUACCACCUCAAGCUGUACCUGUAGCGUGGAAACUUCUACUCCAAUACCUACAUGUUCGUGUAGCGUAGACACAUCCACAGCAAUUCCUACUAGUACUUGUACCCCUGAGACUUCCACCGCAUUGCCCACUUGUACCACAACGACCUCUAGCUGUACCAGAACUACCACGCCAGAGUGCACGACAACACCUUCCACUGCCCCAACCACUUCGACCACGACAGAGUGCACGACAACAUCUUCCACAUGUGCCCCAACCACUUCGACUCCGAGAUGCACAACAACGCCAUCUACCUGUGCAACAACAACUACAACUCCAAGAUGCACGACAACUCGUUCCACCUCUACCCCAACAACUACAACUCCAAAAUGCACAACAACACCAUCCACAUGUGCACCAACAACUACCACACCAAGAUGUACAACAACUACCACUCCAAGAUGCACGACAACUACCACUCCAAGAUGCACAACAACUACCACUCCAAGAUGUACAACAACUACCACACCAAGAUGCACGACAACUACCACUCCAAGAUGCACGACAACUACCACACCAAGAUGCACGACAACUACCACUCAAAGAUGCACGACAACUACCACACCAAGAUGCACGACAACUACCACACCAAGAUGCACGACAACUACCACUCCAACAUGCACGACAACUACCACACCAAGAUGCACGACAACUACCACUCCAAGGUCUACAACAACUACCACUCCAAGAUGUACAACAACUACCACUCCAAGAUGCACGACAACACCUUCCACAUGUGCACCAACAACUACCACUCCAAGAUGUACAACAACUACCACUCCAAGAUGCACAACAACUACCACUCCAAGAUGCACAACAUCUACCACUCCAAGAUGUACAACAACUACCACACCAAGAUGCACGACAACUACCACUCCAAGAUGCACGACAACUACCACUCAAAGAUGCACGACAACUACCACACCAAGAUGCACGACAACUACCACUCAAAGAUGCACGACAACUACCACUCAAAGAUGCACGACAAGUACCACUCCAAGAUGCACGACAACUACCACACCAAAAUGCACGACAACUACCACUCCAAGAUGCACGACAACUACCACUCCAAGAUGCACGACAACUACCACUCCAAGAUGCACGACAACUACCACACCAAGAUGCACGACAACUACCACACCAAUAUGCACGACAACUACCACUCCAAUAUGCACGACAACUACCACACCAAGAUGCACGACAACUACCACUCCAAGAUGCACGACAACUACCACACCAAGAUGCACGACAACUACCACACCAAGAUGCACGACAACUACCACUCCAAGAUGCACGACAACUACUACUCCAAGAUGCACGACAACUACCACACCAAGAUGCACGACAACUACCACACCAAUAUGCACGACAACUACCACUCCAAGAUGCACGACAACUACCACACCAAGAUGCACGACAACUACCACUCCAAGAUGCACGACAACUACCACACCAAGAUGCACGACAACUACCACACCAAGAUGCACGACAACUACCACUCCAAGAUGCACGACAACUACCACUCCAAGAUGCACGACAACUAGCACUCCAAGAUGUACAACAACUACCACUCCAAGAUGCACGACAACUACCACUCCAAGAUGCACGAUAACUACAACUCCAAGAUGCACGACAACUACCACUCCAAGAUGCACGACAACUACCACUCCAAUAUGCACGACAACUACCACUCCAAGAUGCACGACAACUACCACACCAAGAUGCACGACAACUACCACUCCAAGAUGCACGACAACUACCACACCGAGAUGCACGACAACUACCACACCAAGAUGCACGACAACUACCACUCCAAGAUGCACGACAUCUACCACUCCAAGAUGCACGACAACUACCACUCCAAGAUGCACGUCAACUUCCACAUCAAGAUGCACAACAACUACCACACCAAGAUGCACGACAACUACCACUCCAAGAUGCACGACAACUACCACUCAAAGAUGCACGACAACUACCACACCAAGAUGCACGACAACUACCACUCAAAGAUGCACGACAACUACCACUCCAAUAUGCACGACAACUACCACUCCAAGAUGCACGACAACUACCACACCAAGAUGCACGACAACUACCACUCCAAGAUGCACGACAACUACCACACCGAGAUGCACGACAACUACCACACCAAGAUGCACGACAACUACCACUCCAAGAUGCACGACAUCUACCACUCCAAGAUGCACGACAACUACCACUCCAAGAUGCACGUCAACUUCCACAUCAAGAUGCACAACAACUACUACUCCAAGAUGCACGACAACACGUUCCACCUGUGCCCCAACAACUACCACUCCAAGAUGCCCGACAACACCUUCCACUUGUGCCCCAACAACUACCACGACCAGAAGCCCGACAACGCCUUCCACAUGUGCCCCAACGACAACACCAACGCCUGCGCCCACAACAACUCCUUGUCCGACAACUUCGACUUCAACAUGUGCUCCCUCCACAACCUCGAGGUGUACCACAACUACAACACCCCGACCGAAAUCCACGACACGUCGCCCUUGUCCCUGCCGCCCUCAACCUCCUAGCCAGAUCCCGCCCUGGUCUUGGUGGUAUCCUUAUCCAUCUUAUCCCAACCCCGUGUGGCCUUGGCAGCCCAACCCCUAUAAUCCACAAUGGCCACAGUUUCCAGGACUUCCAAGUCCACAAUGGCCUCAGGUACCAGGUAUUCCUCAACACUUGCCGGCACCAUUGCCAUCUCCUCAGUGGCCCUGGCCGUGGCCAAGACCACCAGUAGUGACCCCUUUAGCCGAUGACUGUGAAAACAUUUGCGAAAACCUAUUAAAGGGUGUAAAGUAUCAGGAAGAUCUUAUCAGAAGAUGUUUGUGCCCUCGAGCAUAA